AUGGAAGAAAUCGACGCCCAAGUCGACCGCGACCGGAUCCGCGUCCUCCCCGGCUCAACCCCAACAUCCGCGUCCUUCCAAUUCGACAACGAAGACCACACCUUGGGGAACGCGCUGCGCUACGUCAUCAUGAAGAACCCGGACGUCGAGUUCUGCGGGUACUCGAUCCCGCACCCGUCCGAGGCGAAGCUGAACCUGCGCAUCCAGACGUACGACGACGUCAGCGUGUACGAGGUGCUCGAGAAGGGGCUGCGGGACCUCGAGGGCCUGUGCGACGUCGUCGUGGAUACGUUUGCUGAGGCGAGGAGGGAGAAGGAUGCGCGGGUGUCGUAG